CACACCCUUCCUUCCAGCCUCCUCCGUCUGUAACCCGCCGGAAUAUUCACCAAAAAGCUUCAAUUUUUCACAAUCUUUUCGUCCAAAGAUUUGAUUUUUCGGAUCCGUUUAUCGCGAAUUUUGGAUCGUAUAUAUAGAGAUGUCGAUGCCUUCAACGUAUUGGUGUUAUAGAUGCAAUAGGUUUGUGAGGGUUUGGAGCCAGGGUUCGGUGGCGUGUCCGGAUUGUAACAGCGGGUUUGUGGAGGAAAUCGACAAUUCGAACCGAUCCUCCGCCUUGGAUUCUCAGCGGCGGCGUUUUCCGUCGUCGGCGAUGUUCAUGAUGCGGAAUUUGGAUCGGAGCUCCGGGUCGGGUUCCGGGUCGAGUCCGCGGCUCCGGAGGAGCCGAAGGAAUGGUUGGGACCGUUCGCCGUUUAAUCCAGUGAUUGUUCUCCGAGGGCCGUCGGACGGCGGCGGCGAAGGGGGUGGGGGAGGGAGGGGGUUUGAGUUGUACUAUGACGACGAGGCGGGGGCGGGAUUGAGGCCGUUGCCGGCGAGUAUGUCGGAAUUUUUACUCGGGUCGGGUUUCGACCGGUUGUUGGAUCAGUUGACCCAAAUUGAGGCGAACGGAAUCGGAGGGAUCGAGAAUCCGCCGGCGUCGAAAGCGGCGAUCGAGUCAAUGCCGACGAUCGAGAUCGCCGAUUCCCACAUCUCCACCGAAUCUCACUGCGCCGUUUGCACGGAGCCCUUCGAGGUCGGAAACGACGCUCGCGAAAUGCCCUGUAAGCAUCUAUUCCAUUCCGAUUGCAUUCUCCCCUGGCUUUCCAUGCGUAAUUCCUGCCCUGUUUGUAGACACGAAUUGCCCCCAGACACUAGAAACCCUAGCGACUCCAUUAGGCCCUCAUCAGAUCCCCAAAACGACGAAGAAACUGUAGGGUUAACAAUUUGGAGGCUCCCCGGCGGCGGUUUCGCCGUGGGGCGCUUUUCCGGGACUAGAAGAGGCGGGGAAAGAGAGUUCCCCUUAGUCUACACUGAAAUGGACGGUGGAUUCAACAACAAUGGAGUUCCCAGGAGAAUCCCCUGGGGCUCUAGGGGCAGUCAAUCACAGCAAAAUGGCGGUUUCAGAAGAGCUUUCUUUAACCUAUUCGCGUGUUUCGGUAGAGUUGGCUCAUCACAUUCCAAUUCUAGUUUAGGUUCUAGGAUAACUCGAAGGAGUAGUAGUUCACUCUCGACAAGAAGGCGCAGGGGCUGGAGUUUCGGGGCGAAUGAUGAACCUCAAAGAUGGUGAUCUUCGCGGGAGAGACAAUCCAUAAUCUCUCCCGAGAUGUAAAUAAGUAGAUAAUGAGAUAAUGAUAAUGCAAUAGCGAGUCUUCUGUGGCACAUUGAUGGCUAGAGUACUUAUUAGUACCUGCUGGGGAUACCGAUUAACCACAAACAUACGUUGCAGAAGAGGUUUAGAAGUGAUGGUUAGUACGUACUGGGGAUAAUUAACAACGAACUUUCGUGUUGAAGCUGCAGAAGGGGUUUAGAAGUGAUGGUUAGUGCAAUAGUACCCGCUGGGGAUACUGAUUGACCACGAAUAACUUUCGAAUGUGAGAAGGUUUAGCAGUGAUGGAUGACUUCAAAAACGAAAGAAUCUAAGGGUUAGCUCUGGCGCCUCGGAAGAAGAAGGUACGGACUUUGCAAUUAGCUAGGAGUCGUUGUUAACCUGCGUUAUUCUUUUCUUUGAUGAUCCCGCAUGAUGCUAGGCCUUGCCUUUCAGCUUUAAACGUUUUCUGUGUCGCGUAAUUGAAUCCUUACGAAGGGUGAUAAAACUUUAUGAUUAUAGCUUUAAAUUGAAUGAUCUUUGGUGGAGCAUGACAAGAUGACAUCUUCAUUCAUACUUUUUAGAUUCUUUUAGUUGCUGGAGAAAGUGUAUUCUUUUUUUUUUGUUUUGGGUACCUUAUCUUUUCAUUUUUGGAUUAAUAAUGUAACUUGAGUUUAUUGAUCAGUUUGCAUGAUGGGGUUUCUUUAGAACUGAAAAUAGUGUAUUUAUCAGUUUGCAUGUUUGAAGUUUUGUUCUUGUUGUAGUUGAAGUUGAAUGAAGGUUCACAUUCUUUUUCCCACCCAACAAA